CCGGGUUCUAAUGUUUACAACUGGCUGCAGCUUUGCACAGCACAGAGCUGUGUUCCUGGCUCAUGAAAAAUCAUAUCUAUGUUACACCAACAUGUACUGGAAGUGCUAGGAUUUACAGAGUGUGACGGCUGCAGGGCGCCAUCACCAAGAUCUGCCGCUGAGAUUCCAAGAAUACAUAAACGAUGAAGAAGAAAAGCAGACGUCCAAGGCCAUCGCAGACCUCACAGCAGAGCAGCGGGACACAGACGAGCGUCACUGAAGACAAGAAGCCACCUGGAAACAGAGGCAGACCUAAGAAGACUGUCCCGGUUACCACUGACAACCUUUACCAUGGCGACGCUGCAAAGGACAGCACUGCUAACUUAGACGGUAGUGUGAAGGCAGCUGACGACACACAGAAACCUCCAGAGGGCAAGACCAGAGCUUCAGCAGGUCGACUAUCCACUGCCAUCUGCCGGCUCUGCCAUGGGAAGUUCUCUCUGCGCAGCCUGCGGCAUGCCUUCAACAGGUGGCCCCUUGGUUCCGCUGAUAUUAUGGAUGAUGACUCAGACGCAGCGGCCCAGUCCCCUCUCUUAUUCCACACAGACUUCCAGCAACUGGUGGGGGUGCAGUUGGACCGUGACCCCCGGUUAUCAGAGUUUAUUUGCAAGAAAUGCCACUCCAAGUUCUACAAGUGCCACAGCAUCCUGAUCCGGUUCCUGCAGAGAGUCAACCUCCCACCGGUCAAGAAAGAAAACCUGAAAGGCUGGAACAAGUGUCCAGAAGCCUCUGUAAACCACGUCCCACCAGCUCCACAGUGCUUCACCUCAGACCAUAAGUGCCUGCACAGCCUUGUGUCCUGGGCCCACCAUCACGGGGGGGCAUGCCGCUCCUGUCCAGACCUGAAGGAGGUGCUGGAGGGCCGUUGCUGGGGCUCCGUCCAGGCCGCCUGGGGAUGUGUUGACGGUCACAGAUACAUCAUGGACACUCAAUACACAACCACUACACAACCCUGCUCUGUGAACUCAUGCAGCGGGAGAGACAACGGGGAGGGAGGGAUGUCAUGGCAGGAGGAAGAGGAGGAACGCAGCGGGAAUGUGAGGACAGCAGCGGGAAGUGUGAGCACUUUAGCUCAGCACAGUCCGGCUGCAGUCCACGAUCAGAGGCCGGCGCUGUCUGACUGGACCUGCAACACUGAAGAUUUCAUAGGUCAUGACGAGGCGUUGUGCCCUUCUGCGGCCCCACUGGAGGACAGGGCCCCUGACAGUGAUCUGUCUGACAGGGUGAUCUUCGAGGAUGACUUUGAUGAGAGCAGGAGAGGGAGGUUAUCUGACGAUGAGUUUGAACCAGACAAAAGGGUGAGCGUCCCCAACAAGAGAAGAAGAAGCCUGAAGGCCCAGGAGGAGCCCAAAGUACGAAAAAAACCUGGACCCAAACCCGGCUGGAAGAACAAGUUGACACCUAAAGUAGAGGAGUUGCCGAACAUCUACAAGUGUCCGUAUCAGGGCUGCACCGCCGUCUACAAAGCUCCUGAUGGUUUGAAGAAGCACAUCAAGGAGCAUCACGAGGAGAUGAAGGAGCGGCCCUGCCCUCACCCCGGCUGCAACAAGGUUUUCAUGAUCGACCGCUACCUGCAGCGACACGUCAAGCUCAUCCACACCGAGGAGAGGAACUACAUCUGUGACCAGUGCGGCCAGACCUUCAAACAGAGGAAACACCUUUCAGUUCACCAGAUGAGACACUCCGGGGCCAAGCCACUGCAAUGUGAGGUGUGUGGCUUCCAGUGUCGCCAGCGAGCAUCGCUUAAAUACCACAUGACCAAACACAAGGCUGAGGCGGACCUGGACUUUGCGUGCCUGAUGUGCGGGAAGCGUUUCGAGAAGGCCCACAACCUGAACGUCCACAUGUCCAUGGUGCACCCGCUGAUCCAGGCCAAGGUCCAGAGAGGCGGCAGUGAGCAGCCGCCGCCGUACUCUGAGCUGCAUGCCAUGGCGAUGAGCGGGGAGGGGGGGCAGCAGGAGCAGGACAGGUGACAGCAGGUGUGCUGCACCGGGACAUAAACUGUGGAACACGUGGACUGUAGUUUUUUCACAUUCAGCUCAUGAACUGGACCUGCUGGCAGUACAGAUGUUUAUCUCUUCUCUUCCAAUAUACAAAUGAUCAUCUAGGUUUAAAGUCAAGUCUGAAACAUAAAGCUUCAUUUAGAAGAUAUUGGAUGUUAUGGAACACUCUUUAGAGUCUGUAAUUAUCAUUUUCAUUCCAAACUUAAGCUGUUAUUUCCACGUCAGCCGUCUUCCGACCAAGGAUUUGAAUCUUUCUCUGGGGAAGAAACAGGCCUUCCUUUAUGUAACUUAAACAAAUGCUGCUGUGCGACCUGACCCUCUGGACUGAAGCUUCUAGACUCUGAGGAUGCAAAUCUGUGGUUGAACAGUUCCAACAGAGUUUAAACUGACAGGGACUUUAUAAAAAAAAAACACUGUUGCACUAGUAGUGGACACGUGCGUUUACCGUGCGGCCAAAUGACCUCCUUGUGUUAUAAUACAGUCAGAACAAACACUCGCAUGAAUUGCCCCCUGAAGCAGUAAGGCAUGCUGCAUCGUUUCAGAGGCGGCCAAUUACAAUCCAGCAACAAACCUAACUUUUUAAUUACAGAAUGAAAAAAAUGGCAUCAAAUGAAUAUUAGAACAGGUUUGAUUUUGUUACAAUCUGAAGGAUUAUAACUUGAAAACUACUCCUGGUGCCUGUUACAGAUCUGAUGACUGGACAUUAUGCAUCACACAGUUUAUUGAUAGCUGAGUCGCAUAUAAACCACUGUGUGACCGACAUAAAUGCAGUCCUUUAAUGCAACGGUUUGGUUUGCUGAAAAUAUUGUGAUGCUCUUGUGUAACUUCCUCACACAGGAUGACUUCCAAUAACUAUUUGAUUUUUCACCAUUUUAAGUUAUUACAAUGCUUGAAUCUGUAUUGUAAACAGUGGAAGGGCUUCAGAUGUUUGUGUAUUAUAAAGUCCUGUGUGCGUUCAUUGUGUAUACAAAAAUAAAUAAAAAUGUUUUUUUCCA